GGGAGGGGGGACGCGGGCGCCAUGACGCGCUCGGGCGGCGCCGGGGCCGCGCUGCGUGCCGGGAGCAUGGCGAGCGACUUCUACCUGCGGUACUACGUGGGGCACAAGGGCAAGUUCGGCCACGAGUUCCUCGAGUUCGAGUUCCGGCCCGACGGGAAACUGCGCUACGCCAACAACAGCAACUACAAGAACGAUGUGAUGAUCAGAAAGGAGGCCUACGUCCACAAGAGUGUGAUGGAGGAGCUGAAGAGGAUAAUUGAUGACAGCGAAAUCACUAAAGAAGAUGAUGCUUUGUGGCCUCCUCCCGACAGGGUGGGCCGGCAGGAGCUUGAAAUAGUAAUUGGUGAUGAGCACAUUUCCUUUACCACAUCAAAAAUUGGUUCACUCAUCGAUGUAAACCAAUCUAAGGAUCCAGAAGGCUUGCGAGUAUUCUACUACCUGGUCCAGGACCUUAAGUGUCUAGUCUUCAGUCUUAUUGGACUACAUUUCAAGAUUAAGCCAAUUUAAAUUAAACAAAUUGAAGUUUGUAUUACGGUGUCUGGGGGGGGGGGGGGAGGGGGAAGGGAUGCUUUUUCAAUUCCUUGCUUCUUCAGAUCUGAAACUUUUAUGUUAGAUUUUUUUUUUUUUUUUUUUACAAACUGUAAGUGACUGUCGUAAUAAAAUGGUGAGAUCUGUA